AUGCCACCUAAGUUCAAGAAACAGAUAGCAAUCCCAGUUACCAUCUCACUGUCCCUUGCUGGUGUCUUUGCCCAGCAGGUCUUAGUUGAAGAGUGGCUUAGUGGAGAUUGUAAUGGACGACCUUUCAUCACUGCCAACGUCUACGGAGGUGCCGAUGGAACCUCAUGUGUCAACGUCGAGCAAUUCCCAGCAACCAACAUCAGAGUUAGUCUUGUAAAGCCUUGCAAUGAGGGAAAAAUCCCCGUCAUCAAGGUUUCCAGCGUUGAAUGCGCGCUGUUUGAAACUGAAAUAGUUCUGAGUGCAGAUGGGUCCUGCAAUUCUGUAGACUUUACACCUUGGGCUUAUGAGAUCUCGUGUAACUAG